AUGGCUAGUAAAAAAAUCGUCGAGUUUAUUUCUUCCGGUGAAGGGACUGAGGCAGACGAUGAUCAAAGUAGUGAUAGUAGUAAUGACACAAAGAAGAAGCCCAAGCCGAGUCAGAAAAAACGCCUGAAAGCUAAGCGUUACAACAUCAACAUAGAUGAAGCCUCAUCAUCCUCCCAACAAGAUCUUUUCCAACUUGACGACUUCUUUGGAGAAUUACCACCUGCCUCCGGAACCACUCAAUCUUCGACAC